AUGGUGUUGAUGUUGAAUAUAUAUUUGUUUGGCGAAGCAGUGCUGGGCUUAUCCCAGGGCUCAGUGUCAGAGCUGCUGAGCAAGCCCAAGCCGUGGCACAUGCUCAGCAUCAAGGGGCGCGAACCUUUCAUCCGCAUGCAACUGUGGCUCAACGACCCUCGAAACCUUGAAAAGCUGCAGCUCCUGAAGAACGAGCGACGAGAAGCGAGCAAGCGGCGGCGCGCGCUGGACCCAACGGCCGAAGUGUCCCAGGACUCCCAAGACAUAUUCCAGGCACCUUCUCCUGGCGGAUCAUCCAAGAAGCAGCGGGUUUUGUUCUCGGAGGAGCAGAAGGAGGCCCUGCGUCUGGCCUUUGCACUCGAUCCCUACCCAAAUUUGGCCACCAUCGAGUUCCUGGCACAAGAACUCCAGCUCUCCACACGCACAAUCACAAAUUGGUUCCACAAUCACCGAAUGCGACUCAAGCACCCGAGCAGCCCCGGCGGAGGAAGCUCGCCCAACCGCGAAAUUCAGCAGCCACCGACAAACCAUCCGCAGGGCCAGGGGCAGAGUUUCGACCCCAUUCACUUCCGCCUCCUGCUCUCUCAGCGGCUGAUGGAGCUGAGGAAGGAGAAGGGCCUGCCUCCGACGCUACCUGGCCUCGGGCCCGGCCUGCCUCCGGGUCUGUUCUCACACUUCCCGCACCUGGGGCAGCAGGAGCUGGGCAACCCCCGCCUGGACUCGCUCGGCGGUGGUCUUGACCUUUCCAUGAAGGGAGAAAAUGACUACGACGAUGCUUCACUUGUUGACGAGGAUUCCAACAUGUCCGGUGCCAUGAGUCCAAGUGGAGGAGGCCGUUCUGAAGGGGAGGACGGCGAUCGCGACGGCCGAGGAGCCCCCUCCCCCCUCCCACGGACCUCUCGACGGAAGCCCGCUGCCCCACAGUGGGUAAACCCAUCGUGGGCAUCAGGUGAGGGAGGUAAGGAGCGCGAGGUAAUUAUAAACGGCGUGUGCGUCAUGCAAACAGAUGACUAUCGUCUAAGGGAACAGGAAACAGUGCGCAUUGAGCCAACUCCAGUGGAUGAGGCCAACCGCAACCGCUCUUUGAAGGAGGAGCAGGAGGACGAGAACGAGGAGGAGCAGCAGCCGGCCUCCACACACCCAUCUUCCCCGCGGCCAGACACAUUGACAGAGCCAGUCACAUUGCAGGAGGAGGAGUCCUCUACCUUGCAGGAAGAGCCAACGCCCAGUCAAGAGGCUGUCAAGGAGGAGACGGACGAGGUUGAGGAGGAAGAGGCGUGA